GGGGGCUUUUCUACAGGGGUCCUCAUUGAACGUGCUGCGGAACGUUUGUAUUAGCAAAGUUCAGAUGGGCAUGUUUUGGUUGGACGUUUUUAUAAAUAUCAAGCUGCAUGUGCGAUUGCGCUGGUGAUUUUGAGUUUUUACCAUGAUGCCAGGAGAGAAUCAAUCCAACGCCAGAGGAAUCGCCUCUGAAGCAACAUCUGGCACCUGUCAAAACUGCACUGUUUUAAAUCAGAGCUUAGAUGAAUAUGUGGCUGCGUUGUUGACUCUUAAGCAGAAGAUUGUCGACACAGACCAUAUCUUGACUGAAUACAAAGAGAAGUGUGAUGAGCUGCAGAAAUCACAAAGAGAGAGCAGCACACUGCACAGACAGCUAGAUGAGGUGCUGCUGAAACUUGAACCUUUGGAAAAACAGACUGUGAAGUAUGAACAGAUGAAGACAGAGCUGGAGAAUACUAAGGCUGAAUUGGAAUUGAAUCAGCAGAGAUGUAAAGAUGUGGACAGACUAAAAGAGAAAAAUGCUCAGAUAAUUAUUCUAAAAGAAAAACUUGAAGAAUCCUUAAGAAAAGCUGAAGACACCUUAAAAGGACAAGAUCUGGAGAAUGAGAAGCUCAAAAAUGGAAAGCAAUUACUAGAAGAGGAUCUACAGAAAAUGCAGGAUUCCCUCAGAAAAUAUCAUCAGACUUCUGAGGAACAUGAGAGUCUGAAGUUGGAGAAUGCCAAAACCCUGAUUUUGAAAGGAAACCUUGAAAACGAACUUUUGGUGUUGAAAGAGCUAAAAUGUCAACAGGACAAAGAAGUUGGUGCUCUGAUUAAUGAGAAGAGAAGACUUGAAGAAAUGUUGUUCACAACACAGCAAAAUCUCAACAAACUUCAGAAGGAGUUUAAUAAAGAAAAAAGGAGCAUGUCUUCUCAGACAGAUUCUGAGCCAACAAUAGACAAAGACAAAGUAAGAAUGUUGCUGGAAGAGCUCUGGCAUUGCGUAGAAACGUCAAAUAAAACGCAAGAGAAACUGUUGCUCACUGGAGAAGAGACCACACAGUUGAAACGAAUACCUUCUCAGCCACGACUAAACAGUCCUUCGGAAAGACAUAUUUUUCAUCCAUCUCCUGGGAAAGCCAGUCCAGAAACUCAAUCUUCAAUACUCUCCAUGCCCAAAACACCUCCCAGAGUCAGUAGACCUAAAGAAUCGCCUCAGAAACUCAAAAAGCAGAAUAAUGUCCAACAGUUCAAUACACAAAGUAGAAAGAGGAAAGUAAGUUCAGAUGUACUUGAACAAGUGGACACUUUGACUGAUGAUUCAAAAGAAAUGACUUGUGAAGGCCUGCUACAUGGAGAUUACUGUAUGGAUUUGCUGGCACUUAAAGAGUGGUUCAAACCUUUGCCCCCAGUUUUAUCACCCGUGCAUAGCCCCUCAUUAGAGCUGGUCAAUGUGAAUGACAACAAACCAAUGUCUGAUACUCAACAGGAAAAUGAAUCAAGUAAUGAAAAAUCAAAAACACUGGCAAGCUUACAUGAAGAAUUAGAACUUUCAGAUAUUGGGGAUAAGAAGUCAUUGCUGAAAGAAGAGGAGGGCACAUGUUCUCUGUUGUGUCCAGACACUCUUACAAGAUCAACUGUAUCUGUUGAUAAUUUAGACUCUGAAAAAACAUCUGAGAGCCAAAACGUGGAGGCAGAGGAUAUGUGUGAAGUAACACUUGGCUGUGUAGCCGACAGUCUAAGUGACCAUGCAAAGUUGGCUCCAGAAAAAAGUGUGGAAAUUUCCUUAGUAAAUGGUGACACAGGUACUGCGGGAGAGCUUCCACUGAAGAAUGAAAAUGGUGAAAAGGCACAUUUGGAAGAUGCAAAAGUCACUGAUAAAUUUACAAACAUGUUGGAAAACUCUGAUCCUUGUCAGUGGAAUGAAUCUAAAAUUGUGGACACCAGUUCUAGUGAAUUUUCAGAGUGCAAAACUCAGGAACAACCCAUUGUUUCUGUCGCAUCUAAUGUCAAGAGGAAUUCGAUGGGUGACAUGAACUGUCUUAAGUCAAAGAAUAUUGAGAAUAAGGAGUCAAAGAUCUCCGUAUCACUAGAAAUUAAUUCAGCACAAGAUUCAUCAACACAAGAUGUUCAGAACAGACUGCCUGACAAGGCUGUUCAAUCUGAAGAUAUAUCUGAGGAUAUUAGUUCAGUGACUAUAAAAUGUAAGAAAAGUUUGGAUGUGCGAGAAAAUGGAGAUCUCUGUUCUUCAAAGACUUCAAGCGAUGAAUUGUCAUCAAAAGAUGAAGGAAUCUUUGGUUUGAUGGGAGAGGUUAGUGAUCAGGCAUGGUCUGAAGGAAGGGCUCACCCAAAAAAGUUGGAGAAUUUAUCUGAAUUUGAGCAAUGUUCCACUGCAAAGCAAAUGUCCAAAGAUGAGCCUCAGGAAUUUCUUUCUGAGAGCAAAACACAGUCUAAUGCUGAACGUCCAUUAGUAGUUAUAAAUUCUGAGCAAGAAAGAAGUGCCAAUCAGCAAGAAAGUGGCGAAACAUGUAAAGAAAAUUCUUCAGAAAGCCCAAGAAAAACUAUGCAAGUGAACAAUACAUUUAAUCAGGAGGCAGAUGAGAUGUCACCUGUUUCCCAAAGCCAAAAUGCCUCAAAUUUGGCCAGUGAUAAACAUAAGGAAGCAUUGGAAGAUUCUGUACUUGAUUGUCUUGAGGAUACCAGUACACCAUGUCAAGGUACUUUGAAUCCAGAAAAUUCUACCUAUGAAAAGGACGCCAAUGUUUCUGUUGUUCCAAAUUCCAAUAGCAAAAUUCAUAUUACACCAACAAAAUUUUUAUCUCUUAAAAAAGUUCGAACAGAGAUGGGUCCACCCCUACCCCCAGUUGUUAUGCCACUUACUAGUACUCCUCCAAGAUUUGGAAGACAUCACACACCUUUAAAGCCUACUUCAGCAUCAAGUUUGUCCUCAGAUGGACAGACAUCUCCUGAUACGAUCCCGCCCUUGCCUGUUGUUGAUUCAACUCUUUCAGAUGCCUCAGAAAUAGGCCCGUCAACUCCAUCGUCAUCUUGUGGAGUUCCUUCAUCACCACUACAGUUUGGAUCAGCUACUCCAAAACAUGCUGUUCCAGUCCCAGGAAGGCUUCCAUCAUCUGCAUUAUCUUCCUCCCCUCCCUCUGCUUCUCAGGAAAAUUCAAUGCAAAUGUUGGAUACUAUGUAUCCUGAACUCUCUGCACGAGCUCGCACUUUAAACAUUCUCCGUGGUAAUGUUAACCUAAACCAAGCUGCAAAUGAGAAUGGUACCUCCCCUUCAUCUGUUAACCAGAUAUCAGGAAAUAAAAUGAUUAGUUCUGCAUCUACUGCUUUCACCAAAACAGAACAGAAGCCAAAAAGGACAGGUGUGAACAUGCUUUUGCCAAAGAGCGCUAAAAGACUCAAACUCGACAACUAUUUACCUGCUCAUGCUGGUGCUGAUUCUCCAGCAGAACAAGUGACAGGAAAUCAAACGGUUAUUGAAACAAAAUCUACUCAAUUACAUCAAGGACUGCCGAGUAAUCAAAAAGAACAGAUGACUGAGAAGGGGCCAGACAAGCCAAAUGAUGAAAAUCGUCAGAUCUCAGAUGCGCUGGACAAACUUGGAAUGGCCUGUUUUGAUGUUUUUCCAGUUGUCAAGAGUCAUAUACACCUUGGGAGAAUAUCUCAGGUUCCAAUUUUGAUUGAUGCAGAAAAAGCUGUAAUUGCUGAUUUUUGUGUAAAUCAGUCUUCAGCAGAAAAGCUCAUGUUUGCCAUCUUGACUAAACUAAAAACCGAGAGGAGUAUUCUGAGUUGUCAACAUAUUCAAGCUCUGUGUAGAGUUUACACUGGGAUAUGUCGCCAGAUAGGGGACUAUCAGAAAGCUCAUGCCUUUGCAUACAACAUUCUCAAAGAGGAUUAUCCAGAUGCCUCCAAGCUAAUCUUGUUCAUGAUCACAACAUGGCCAAAUGUGUUUUUCUACAAGACCUUCUUGUGCAAAGCCAUUCAUACAGUGGCCAAGCUUAAAUCGGAAGAAGGGAUUUUGGAUUGCCUUACUAAAUAUCUUCAUUGGGAAAAGAGUCCUCCUGAUAACAUCAAUGAGUUGAUCAACUGCACACUAAAGGCGCUUCAAGAAGACAAAGAUUUGUCUUUCCAAAAGCAUGAUCGCCAUGGUUACGAUCUUUGCCCAGCUUCAUGGGAAUACAUAUAUACCUUGGAUCUCCUGUGUACUCACAUGAAGUGGAAAUGGACACAUGAUUAUGUCAUUGGAAAAGAAUUAUGGCCCAUCAUGAAUACUUGGGUGACACAAUCAAGGCUUCAGCAAUCCCCAGUCUGUGAUGUUUCUGUAGCCGCUGUUCUGCGUUUGAUUGGACGACUUGGUCAGUUGGGAAUGAAACAGAUGCUAUGCAGAUCAGUUCAAAACGUUGCUAAAGCUAUAAACCUCUUUGGAAAACAUGGGAUUGCUGAAGGUGUUCCCAAGGAGGUGCAGUUGUCUGCUGUCUAUGCCAUUUAUGACCUGGCUCCCUGCAACCCCAAAGAUGCCCUGGAGGCUUUGGCGUCCUGGAGAAGUGAAACCACACUGUCAGUACCAGCUGCUGUGACCAGCUGUAUCACUCAGAUUGCGUCCCUUUGUCGUCAGAUUAAAUCCUAAUUUAUUAUUUUUUAUUUUUAAUAAACAACCCGUGAGACCUGACUAUGCUGUAGUUUUACUCCGUGACCUGGCGGAAUAUCUCUGCCCAUCGGUUACAGUAAAAUAAGCAAUUAUUGUCAUUCUUGUACAUUUGUGUAUAUUAGAUCAAAGUAUUAAGUUUAUACCAUAAAGAACUUUUGUAU